AUGCACACCACGGACAGGCCAUUGCGGGCACCAGGCGCCGACAUCGAGGCCAAGCCACUGCUAGGCGCGUUCCUCGACAGGCCUACGGCACCAGCCCCCCGUGCGGCCCUUGCCAACAGGAGCUGGCUGCUGCGCGCCCUCACCGUCACGGGCCUUUUGGUCGUCGCGGCGGCCAUCACUUUCAUCACCACUUCAGACACCACCGCAUCCCUGGGGACUAGCAUCGAGGAGUGUGCGUGGGCCGCCCUUGAGGAGCACGUCUCGCUGCUCGAUGUGCCGCCCAUCCCCCGGAGCGAGUUCCUCGCCCGCCAGCAGAGACUGGCCGCAGCGCUCAAGGCUGAGGGCGUAGACGCCUUCAUCGCCGAGCCGUCCGCCUCGACGGCCUACUAUGCCAACGUCUCGGCCGCCUUUGACCUCUCGGAGCGCCCGUUCCUGGUCAUCCUUGACAGCAGAGCCGAGUUCUCGUACUUGGUGCCGUCUUUCGAGGCCGGCCGCAUCGCCGCGCUGGACAUGGUCUACGACACAAAGGCCGUCAUCCAGUGGGACGAGACGCAAUCGCCGUACGCGGUGCUCAAGGACAAGACCAAGCUCGGCAGGGUCAUGGUCGACGAGCACGCCCGCUUCAUGAUUGCUGCUGGCCUCGGGGGCGCCGGGAUCGAGGUCGUGCCCAUGUCGGCGACGGUGCAGAAGCUACGCGCCGUCAAGCAGGAGUCGGAGAUUGCCAUUCUCCGGGGCAUCAACCGCUUCACCCGGCAGCUGGUCCGCGCCCUGCGGCCCUGCAUCCGGGUCGGCAUGACGCAGGAAGAGGUGACGCAAGCUGCCAAGGCGCUCUUCACCCGCGCUGGUGUUGGCGAGGGCUUCUGGGCGAUUAUACUCUUCGGCGACCAGGCGGCCUUCCCACAUGGUGGCAAGCACGGCAAGACGCUGCAGCAUGGCGAGUUUGUCCUCAUCGACAUUGGCUCCAGCCUCCACAGCUACGGCAGCGACGUCACCCGCACCGUCCUGCCACCCAGCGCCACCGUCAGCAAGGAGCUUCUCGACAUGUGGCACACGGUCCACGCUGCCCAGAGUGCUGGCUUCGAGCUCAUGCACCCAAACCAGACAUGCUCCGACAUUGACGCGGCAUCUCGCAAGCCAGUCGAGGCGGCUGGCCUGGGCCCGUACUAUACACACAGACUGGGCCAUGGCCUGGGCCUGGAAAUGCACGAGCAUCCAUACCUGAACGGGGCAAACAAGGAGAAGUUGAGCAUCGGAGAGGUCGCGACCAAUGAGCCGGGUAUCUACGUUACCACCGAGCAAGCCUCCGAGAUAGGGUGGAAGACCGGCUUCGGGAUCCGUCUAGAGGAUCCAAUCCUGGUGACCAAAGACGGUGGCGAGCCACUUACAGGCCGCAGGGCUUUAUCUCCAUAUGACCCCUAA